UUCAUUUAUUAAUUGAGUGUGUUACUAAUUGGAGGCAAUAAUUUUGUGCAAUUUUCAAAAUGAAAAUUUCAGUAGUGUUUGCUUUUGUUACAAUUGUUGUGUUAUUUCAAUGCGUUUACGCUGAUGUUAAACCAAUAACGUUAACAGAAUUGGAAAAAAGUUCAGAUAUACAACUUAAAUCAGAUUCAGUUUUAGGCGAAAAAUUAUUACGUGUGCCACGGACCGUUUAUCGUGUAAAUUACCCGAAUCAAGGAGGAUAUGGCGGCUGUUACUCAUGUGGUGGAUAUGGUGGAUAUGGUGGAUAUGGUGCAUAUGGAGGAAACAGAGUAGGUGGUAGUUAUUCUCAAUCUUCAUCGUCUUCUUCAUCCUCAUCUUCCAGUUACGGGAAAAGGAAGUAAAAAUUUUAAUUGUGCCUUGAAAAAUUUUGCCCUUUUUAAAGUACUUUCUUUUGUGUAUAUACCUUUAAUUUAAUUUCUUAAAUCAUA